AUGGCCGAUCUCCCGGCUGAAAGAGUAACUCCCUGUUCGCCGUUUCAAAGAGUCGGAGUUGAUUACUGUGGACCAUUUUCAGUGGUCUAUCCACAUCGUCGUUGCCGGCCUGUAAAAUGUUUCGUCGCAGUAUACAUUUUCCUUACUACCAAGGCGAUACACUUAGAGAUAGCCGCGGAUCUUACGACGCAGGCCUUCCUAGCAUCGUUGAAGCGCUUCUCGGCUCGACGUGGAAAACCCGAGCUGAUAAUGUGUGACAACGCAAAGAAUUUUGUUGGUGCAAAACGAGAGCUGGAUGAACUUCGCAAGCUGUUUCACAACCAACAGUUCCAGAACACUGUCGCAAAGGAGGCGGCAGACGACAGAAUUGAGUUUCGGUUCAUUCCAGCACGUUCUCCUAACUUCGGCGGGCUAUGGGAAUCCGCUGUCAAAUCGUUUAAGACACUCUUCAAACGUACGAUUGGCUUGCAUACCUUGGUUGAGUCUUGA